AGCCAUGGAUGCCCCAUCCCUGAAAGUGUUCAAGGCCAGGCUGGAUGGGGCUUUGACCAACCUGGUCUAGUGGAAGAUGUCUCUGCCCAUGUCAGGGGUUUGCAACUAGAUGAUGUCCAAGGUGCUUUCCCUGCGCGUCACAGAGCGGAGCUGCCCCGCGGAGCAGCUCCCGCCGGCUGAGGGCGGACAUGGCGGCCAGAGCGCUGGCCUCCUCCCAUCCGCACGGGGGCGCUGUGCCACCGCCUCCGGCCGAGCACUGCCGUGCGGCCGCGGACUACAAUACCCAGCAUGCCCCGCGGGCCCGGCCGGAAGCGGCAGUGAGCGGGCGGAAGCGGAGGGCUGGGGGGCCAUGAGGGGCGCCGGGAGCAGCGCUGCCAUCCGCGCCUGGGCCGGCCAGCUCCUGCUCCCGAUCCCAGCCCGGCUGUCCCCGGCUCCUCGCAGAGAUUUUGCUGCCACGUUUGUUAGGAAGUCAUAUGAUGUCAGAAGAGUUGGUAUCACUCCCCUGGAGCAGAGGAAGGUGACUUUUGAUACCCAUGCUUUAGUGCAGGAUCUGGAAGCCCAUGGCUUUGGGAAGGAGCAAGCACAGACCAUCGUGUCGGCGUUGGUAACCCUGUCCAAUGUCAGCUUAGACAACGUUUAUAAGGACAUGGUUACACAGGCCCAGCAGGAAAUAACUUUACAGCAGAUAAUGGCACAUUUGGACUCUAUUCGAAAAGAUAUGGUCAUCCUGGAGAAAAGUGAAUUUGCAAACUUGAGAGCAGAGAAUGAGAAAAUGAAAAUUGAAUUAGAUCAAGUUAAACAGCAGCUAAUGAAUGAAACCGGUAAAAUCCGAGCUGAUAGCAAGCUAGACAUAAACCUGGAGAGGAGCAGGGUGACAGAUAUGUUUACAGAUCAGGAGAGGAAACUGAUGGAAGCAACUACAGAGUUUCAUAAAAAAGAUGCAAAUACCAACAGCAUUAUCUCAGAAAUCAGUAAUAAAAUUGACACUGAAAUAGCUUCCUUAAAAACACUCAUGGAAUCGAAUAAACUUGAUACCAUUCGCUAUUUGGCAGCUUCAGUGUUCACUUGCCUCGCAAUAGCACUGGGAUUUUACAGGUUCUGGAAAUAGCUCUACAUGGAAUGACUGCACUAAAUACAGACAGAAAAGGCCACUCAGGCAAAACCACUUUGACAGUCACAUUUGUGCUAUAGAUAACCUUGGCACCUUUUUGUUUUGAUGUUCUUCCUGUAUAACAAAAAUGUUUUCCAAAUAUGUAACAUGAGAGAUCAAAAUAAUUGAGGGGAAGUAGCCAAAUAGUAAUAUUUCAUUGCCUCCUAUUCAAUACUGUAUGUAUUUCAAAGUAUUUCUUAUGCUAUACCAGAAAGUUUCCUAAUGUCUUUUAGUUUUCUUUCUGGAAAAUUCUCACUCUCAGCUCCUUUCAAAAUGGAAAUAUUAAACAUUUUAUAUACCCUUGAAAUGGGAAUACAAUUCCCAAAUUAGAGUUCCCAGUAUGGAGAUUCUAAUACUAGACUUCAACAUACCUAAUCUGAUCCAAGUAAAUUAUUCUUGAACAUAGGUUCAGGAUUUUCCCUUCAGUCUGUUCCUCACUUUUUUGCUUAUUUUAAUCUGCUUUUGUAAAAACACACUCCAGGGCCUUUACUAAAGAAACCUUAUUUUUUUUCCUUGAAAACUGAUGUACAUGAGAUUUUGAAUUCAUGUAAAAAAUGUCUCUAUAGAUUUAUUUUCCUUAGUCUCUCCUGCAAUUUUUGUAAGCCCAGCAGUCAAACAAAUGGGAGAACUUCUCUGUCUUUGCCUUUCCAAGGGGAAAUGCAUGCACUCCCAGCAGCUGUGUACAGCCCUGGGGCAGAUUAAGUGCUCCUAACUUCAAGCAGUGCAGAGUAUUUCCAAGAAACCUGCCUAUAUUUCUGGGCAUAGUAUCUGUUUUUUUAAUAUGGAAAUACUCAGAAUCUCAGUGGUGCCAGGGUGAUGCUGGUGGUGGUGAUCGUCCUCCCCACUUCUCCAGACUCUUCUGGAAUCCUGUGGGACACACUGACCCUCCCAACCACUCUGCCUUCUGCAGGGACUUGACAACUCUUCUUGCUGAGUUCCAACACUGGUGGAUGCCUUCCAAAACUGAAGCAGUUCCAUCUUGUUGAGUAUAAAUGCAUAGGCUUGGUUUGAUUCUUUUAGUAAAAUCAUAAUUUUUUUAAGUCUUUCUCGAUUAACUUUGAAGUAUGAAUAGGCCUUUUGUGGGCUAAGGACUAUGUAGUACUGACUGGUGGCAAUUUUUUUUAUUGCUGUUUUAUUCUGUUUACAGUUGAACUUGCUGGUAUUCUGCCAAUUCCUAUAUUCUCUACAUUAAAUUAUUUAUCUUCUUUAUUCAAGAAAAUAAAAUUAAUUUCUGACAUUUGCA